GAUGCAACCAACUAUCUAAACAUACUUGGUUGCGCCAAUUGGUUUAGGUUGAUUGUUAAAGAUGAUUGUUCCAAUCGCAAACAAGGUUGGAAUUGUUUCGACGAGGAUAGACACUUGCCGCAGCUCUCUCUUCUGCAGCAAGAAUUCCUCCGUCUCUCUUCAUCCCACUAACGUUGCUGACAGAGUGUUGAUGGAUAUUCAAAAUUCCGGCAUUAUUGCUUGCCUUCGCGCCAAAAGUGCAGAGUUAGCCGUGGAGGCUGCUCGUGCAGCACUCCGGGGUGGAAUUUCCGUUUUGGAAAUCACAAUGUCAACUCCGGGUGUUUUUGAGGCGUUGCAAUGUCUGGUUCAAGAAUAUCCUUCAGCAUCAAUAGGAGUAGGAACUGUUUUAGAUAGACGAGUGGCGAAAGAAGCAGUGCAUAUUGGAGCUAAGUUUCUUAUGAGUCCUGCAAUGGUGAAGGGAAUUCUAAGCGAUGUUGCAGAGGGCCAAGCUCUGUAUAUACCAGGAGCAGCAACCCCUACAGAGGUAUUAUCUGCAUCGACUGAUGGUGCCAAACUCAUCAAGGUGUAUCCAGUCUCUGUAUUAGGUGGAGUUGAGUAUUUAGCAGCAUUAAAGAAGCCAUUCCCCCAUAUCCCACUGGUGGCAUCACAAGGCAUGAGAUUAGAUUCAGUUGGAGCAUAUAUAUGUGAGGGAGCAUCAGCUGUUGUUUUAUCGGAUGCCAUAUUUGACAAAAAGGCUAUGGCCGAAAGAAAUUUUCUUCGAAUACAUCACUUGGCAUGCUCUGCUGCAACUAAGGGGAAUCAAGCUGUGAGGAAAAUUAAGUGUAUGGAUGAAUGAAAUUGUUAUGGUGCAUUUUUGGAAAUGAAAGACAGCAACUAUGGUUCUUGAAAAUCAUCUUUGUACUUGGAAAAUGUUGAAGCAACAUACAAGACUUUCUUGGUUGUGGGAGAAGAUGACAGUUUUGUUGUAGUCCUAGUCUCGUAGUUGUAGACAAUGCCCCAAUGUGUUGCAGUUGGGACUUUCAACUAAUUCAGCAACCACAUGAAUGUAAACAUAUAAGGAGGUAGUAUACUUCCUUUUAUUCCUAUCAUGAGUGUAGUUUGAAUCCACAUAACUGCACAAUUUUGUUUUUAUCA